GUUAAAUUUCAAAAAUAACUUUUCAUUAAGCUAACAUAAGAACGGCUCAGUGGUAUGGAAUCUCUUGAAAAUUUUAAAAAAAAACUUCUACAAAGAAAGGAAAAGUUAAAAGAAGUUGAAGAGAAGAGAGAUAAAUUAAAGGUCGAAUGUUUAGAUUUGCAAGCUUUAUGUGAAAAACUGACUUCUAAGAAUACUGAAUAUGAGGAACAAAUAUCUCUGCUCAGAGACGACUUGGACAAAUGUCACGAUGAGCAAAUAGAAUUAAAAAGUAAAUUUGAACGACUCGAAAAGGAAUUAGAAAGCCUCAACUAUAAAAGUGGAAAGACGGUACAAUCCAAGACCACGCCGCUAAAAAAGUCAAUUGAAAAGAUCAACGAAGAAAUUGAAAAGUUAGCCGAAAAAGCAGAACAGCGCGCCGCAGAAAAAGCAGGGCUUGAACAUGAGCGGGAUAUUUUGGAAGCGCAAUACUCAGAACUUAAGGAGAGCUCUAAAGUUUCGGGCGCCAGUCAUACCGACGUGCAGUUCGAAGCAGAAGUGAGAAAAACGAAAGCUCUGAAGCAGCGACUGGGCAAUCUGGAAAGCGAACUGGCGCAGUGGAAGGAAAAAACUAGCGGCCUCCAGAAGGAGCUGGACGAAAUAGAGCAGCUUAUAAGUUAAUGAUUCUUUGAUAGCAACAAUUGGCGUAGCCCACA